CAAGUCGACAACAUCGUAGGAGACGAACUUACGUUGAUAAUGUUAUUCGAGUCAUGUGAAAAUACAAAUUUCGAAAAGUAUUGGGCUGUGUACUAUGGUCUCGGGAGCACACAUGUAACCUGACUUUGGGUGGAUUUUGAAGGUGAAGACGUGUUUCGGGUCUUCGGUGUGAUGAGCAGAAAUGGGGUCUUACGUUGCAGUGUGUAGUUUAAUUGGUCUUGAAGGGUGUUAACAAUGCUGACGUAGUCAGGUGUAUCCAUUAUAACAGUUAACGUCUCUUUGUCCGCAGGUACUGUUGUGAUGGCCCUGUCUUUCUGAAGUUCUUUGGGGGCUUUGUGUUCUCUUUAGGUGUGGUUGUCGAGUAGUCACCUGUGAGGAGGCUAACAUUUUAAACAGUUUUGAAUAGUUAAAAGUACAGAAUUUCUUUUGUAUUGUAUUUUCAAAAAAAAUACCAAUAAUAGAAGCUAAUCUACAGGCAGACAUUUAUUAUGAAUAACAAUGAACAGUAUUUGAUGCGAAAAUGAAAGUGAGAACAUAAUAUACAAGGCAAAGAACAAGUCCGCAACAUGAGUUCAGAAAACCCAAGUAGUGCUGAAGAGAAAAAGAUCACAGAUAAUGACAUAGCCUUUGCCAUAAUAACUAAAGACUCUGUCCGAGUUAUGGCGGAGGCAGCAGGCCAUGCUGACAUAUCUGAUGAAGUGGCUGCCCUUCUGAGUGAAGAUGUCAGCUAUAGAUUAAGGGAGGUUACUAUGAACAGCACACAGUUCAUGAAACACGGUAAAAGAAGAAAGUUGGUAACAGAAGAUUUUAACAGAGCUUUAAGGGGAAUGGAUGUUCAGCCAAUAUUUGGUCAUGGAUCAUCUGAAGCCUUGAGUUUUAAACAGACACGUGAUGGAGAUAUUCAUUUUGUAGAAGAUGGUGAGGUUAAUUUCUGUGAUAUUGCUCUUGGGAGAUAUGUUCCUAAAAAUCUUGGAGAGACAAGCAUUAAAGCUGAUUGGUUGGCUGUUGAGGGAAUUCCAAAAUCUUCUUCUACAGUAAAAAUAAAGAAGGAAUUAUCUGAAGACAUGUUAAAUUAUUAUAAUAAUAUAACUAAGGCUUUACUUAGUAGUGAAGCAGAUAUACGAAAGGUAGCCUUAGAUGACAUCAGAAAAAAUCCAAAUAUAGUGCCUUUACUGUCUUAUUUUGUUAAUUAUGUUUGUUAUGGGGUAAAGACAGUGAGUCAUGACAUCACCAAGUUAACUAUAUUAUUACAUACCAUUAAAUCAUUAAUCAACAAUCCUAGUCUAGAUCUGACUCCUCAUCCUUAUUUAAAUUUAUUAGUUCAAGCUGUAAUGUAUAAUUUAACGGAACCAGUAGCUGCCUCCUUUAAUAACCAGAAUGAUCAUUGGUCAUUGAGAGAUUAUGCUUCUAGAUUAUUAGGAGAAAUAGUGCUAAAGUGGAGUAACCCCUUAAAUCAUUUAUUAUAUAAUACAGUCAAAGAACUAAAGGAUGUACUGUUUGAUUUAAACAAGCCGUUCUGUUCUCACUAUGGUGCUAUAAUGGGUUUAAUAGCCCUCGGAAAUAAGACAAUUGAAGAAAUCCUCCUACCAAAUUUAUCAACAUUCUGGUCACAUUUAAAUGUAGCAAUGGAGGAUAUAUCUAUACGUAAUGCUCUAGUAAGAUCGGACGCAUACAAGGUUUAUGGGGCUCUUCUGCUGGCAGCCGAGUUGUUAUUGAAGAAUCGAUUUGAAGAAUUUAAAAAGGAACAUGAUAUUGGUGCCAAAAAUGACAAUAAUAAUGAGGCAAAAACAAUGAACAGUAAUAACAGUAGUAGUGGUUUUAUUUUUGGAGGAGCAAAUGUUGUCAUUAAAUCUCCUCAAGAAUUGUAUCAAGAACUGUAUGAAUAUUUCGGGGAUAGUUUAACUGUGCGGGUAGAUGAAACGGCAGAGAUUAAUUUCAAAGAAAUCUUCCCUCCCUUAAAGGACGAUAUGUUAGUAAGUUUAUCUGACGCUGAUGGUGCAAAAAGUGGGGAGGCACUUCUGGAAGAAUUCAUGGAACAGGUGCGUGUGCAAGAAAUAUUGGAUCGUGAGAAAAAAAUACAGGAGGAGAAAGAAAGAAUAAUCAGAGAAAAAAUGGAAGCCAAGCAAAGAAUAGUUCAGCAGCAAAGAGACGCAGAGGAGAAAAAACGACGUCAAAUUCAGGAACUUCUGAAACAAAAACAAGAGGAGGAGUUAGCCAGACAAAGAUGGGAAGAAGAAAUGAAAAAACGCGAAGAGGCUGUACGGAAGGAAAGAGAGAAGCGAAAAAGAAUAGAGAGAAGAAAGCGAGAGGAAGAAAGGCGUAGAUUAGAAGAAGAAAGGAGAAGAGAAGAAUUAAUGGUUACCUCACGCGUUCCGCGUCGUGAAGCUAGUCUCGUAGUAAAUUAUAAAGAAGAUGAUGAUGAUAUUGAUGUAGAAGCAGAUGAUGAUAGUGACUAUGUUCCUGAUCGUCCAGUAGUGAUAGAACGUAAAUCUGAUCAUUCUGAUAACACUGAUGAAUAUAAUUCAGAUAAAGGAUAUAAUCCCCCUCCACCGCCACCACCCUAUCCUGGUCCUUCCCAGGAAAGCGUAGCUUUAACCAGUACCAUUACAAAUCCUGGUGGUGGCAUCAAAAUAAAAAUUAAACGACAGCCGACGCUCAAAUCCUAUGACAUGGAGGGAUCGUCGUCUUUAAGUGAACGAACUCCAGAAAGAAAAGAGAAGGAAACCAAAGACAAACAAAAACGAAAGCGAAAAUCCUCUCAAAAAUCGUUUGAUCCAUUUGAAUUUGGUGAAAAAUCAGACACCGAUGAUUACGCUAAUGUAUAUCGCCCUCCACUGGCAGGUUUUGUUCCACAGCAUUAUUCACCAGGGACAGGGGAAAGUAGUGGUUCGGACACUUCUUUUAGAAAAUCCAAAUUAACUCUCAAAUUAAAAGUGCCAUCUAAAGACUCCACACCUGAAUAAUUAUAAGAGAUCUUUGUUGGCGUGGCACAAAACUUUCAGUUCUGCUGGGAUUAAUUUAAUUAAUUCUGAUGAUUGAAUAAUUCUUUAAGACAAAAAGUCUCAUCCCAAGACUGCACACCAGACUGAUUUUAAAGCAUUAUGUUAAUGUGAACAAAAGGAAUUUUUUUAACAGUUAAGGGAAUAUUUUAAUUGUUUUGACUGUUACAUCUGGGUUGUAUCACGUACAUGUAUUGUUUGUGUAUAUUUAAACUGAACAUUUUAUUGUAUAUAAAAAAGAAAGGACAAUGAAUUUUUAAUGAUUUUGUUUUAAUGGUUGUUGUCUUUCAUCUACAUUCACCUACAGAGAUCUGGUAAUGUGCAU